CUCAUCCUCCUCAUCCUCAUCCUCCUCAUCAUCAUCCUCCUCCUCAUCCUCCUCAUCCUCCUCAUCCUCAUGGACUUCAUGCUGAGCGGAGUGGCCGCGUGCGGCGCGUGCCUGGUCACCAACCCGCUGGAGGUGGUAAAGACCCGGAUGCAGCUCCAGGGCGAGCUGAAGAGCCGCGGCACGUACCGGGUUCAUUACCGGAACGUGUUCCACGCCUUCUACACCAUCGGGCGCGUGGAGGGGGCGUGGGGGCUGCAGAAGGGGCUGGUCCCCGCGCUGCUCUAUCAGUUCUUCAUGAACGGGGUGAGACUCGGCUCUUACGCCAUCAUCGAGUCUGCCGGCUACAUCCACACGGAGGGGCGCGUGAGCACGGUGAAGAGCACCGCGGCCGGGGCAGUGUCCGGGGUCGUGGGAGCCUUCGUGGGCAGCCCCAUCUACCUGGUAAAAACACACCUGCAGAGUCAGUCCAUAUCCUCCAUUGCUGUGGGACACCAGUACCAGCACCGGGGGAUGAUGCACGCUCUGUCGGUGAUCCACAGGGAGCAUGGCAUUUUGGGACUGUGGCGAGGUUCCAGUGCGGCGGUGCCGAGGGUCAGCGUGGGUUCUGCAUCUCAGCUCUCCACCUUCUCCAUCGCUAAAGAGCUCAUCAAUGACCUGCAGAUAUUCUCAGCUGACAGCUGGUUGGUGUCUCUCUGUGCCGGGAUGAUCAGCAGUGUGGUGGUCGUUCUGUUCAUGACUCCGUUUGAUGUCAUCAGCACACGACUCUAUAAUCAGCCUGUGGAUCACCUGGGAAAGGGUCAGCUGUACCGAGGCUUCAUGGACUGUUUCUCUAAGACCCUGAGGAAGGAGGGUGUUUUUGGGUUGUAUAAAGGUCUGGGUGCGUCGUAUUUCAGACUCGGACCACACACUAUCCUCUCACUGCUGUUCUGGAACCAGCUACGAACACUUUACUACAGCUAACACACACACACACACACACACACACACACACACACACACACACACACAGAGGAAUGGGUUUAAAGUGAUGUUCAUGUUGAAGUCACGGUAACGAUGAGAAAACGACUCGGAAGCUUUUUAAGGAUUUAACGUUUUAUUUUCCACAGGAGAGGAGAUUGUAAACAUGACUCCCUGCUACUCUUAUUAAUAUUUUUAAUUUUAAUAAUAAUAAUAAUAAUAAUGAUAAUAAUGAUAUCACCCUGUUUUAAUGAGCUGAGUGUUUUAACAUGUCACUGUGUAAAACCUGAGUAACGCUGCAGGAACAGUUCAGCUGUGUGUACGUUUAUAAAACAUUAGAUAUGACUGUCAGAGCGUUUCUCUUAUUUUGGUCUGACAUAAAAUUUACACCAUGAGACGACAGAGCCGAGGCUUUAAAAUACAAACGGAUGAAUAUUUAACAACACGUGAGACCGUGCCACGGCACAGAGCAAUAAAGAGUAAUGAUGAGGAAACGUGUUGGCUGCUGAUUUAGUACAGUUUAGAUUAUCAUUUUUAAGAUUCACAUAGAUAAUGUUCUUAUGUCAUUAUUUUAAAAUGGUCAAAUUCCUUAUCUAUAAUUUAAUUUACUGUUAUAGAGAAUAAUUAAUUGUACAGAUGAUUAUUAAAAAAAUCAACAGAUGAUUAUUAUUUCAAUUAAAUAAUAAUAAUAAAGAUUAUUAUUAUCUCAUUAUUAAAUCAACAGAUUAUUAUUAUUUGUAGCUCUUGCUUCUAACGCACUUUGUAUGAAAGCAGAGAUUUCACAAAAUCUCACACUAAUCGGAGAGUCGAGAUCAGAGACCUGAGAGCUUUUACACGUCACAAACUCCUCAUUACUGUGAUUCUGACACGAAAUAUACAUACAAUUUAUACAUCAAGAAUUAAUAUAAUUUAAAUAGAAGUAAUGAGAAAAGGGAGAGUUUAACACAGAAGCAUACAUUAAUAUAAUUAAAUUCUAAUUAUGUGAAGGAUUUCAGUGCUGUACAUCACUAUAAGGUGUGUAUUAUUAUUAUUAUUAUUAUUAUUAUUAUUAUUUAGUUAUCUAGUGUAUUAAUGUGAGGUUUAGUAUUUUAUACAAUAACAGUUUAAAUUCACUCGCGCGUUCAGUGUUUAACAGGUUUCAUACAAACAUCCCGCAAUGUUUCUCAAACACAGAUCUCAACAUUAACACCAACAUCAGACUGAUUUACAGCUUUUUAAAGCUUUUUCUUUAAGAUAUGUGACAGAAUCAAAGGGACUUUUCUGGGUUUUUUUUGGAGGAAACACCAGAAAAUACACAAUAAAAUAGUGUGUAAUAAAACCCUUUAAUACCAAAUAAGCUACAAUAACUACACAGUGUAGUAAUAAUACACUACUCACAGAGAGGUUAAAUUAAAUGCACACAACUGACAGAAUAUUUGAUUUUACACAACAGUACAACACACGUUCCACUACAGUGCUCAUUCACAUCCGAGUCACUCUAUUAUAAUUAUAAUAAUUAUAAUAAUUAUAAACCACCAG